AUGGUCGACCGCCCCAAUAAGCCGAUGGCGCUGGCGACGACGCCGGGCCUCCCGCCCCAGGCUCAGGUCAACAUCACCCACAACAACUCGCGGGUCAGCGCAGUGCUUCCCACGGGUGAGAGCGUCGAGGUACUGCUGUACGGUGCCACCCUCAUCAGCUGGAAGGACCGUGCCGGCAGUGAGCGCCUGUGGCUCUCCGAGGGCGCGAAGCUUGACGGCUCCAAGGCCGUCCGUGGCGGCAUUCCUCUCGUCUUCCCUGUCUUUGGUACCGCUCCCGAACAUAAGGCUGCUGGCAACCUGCCUCAGCACGGGUUUGCGCGUACCAGCAAGUGGGAGUUCUUGGGCAAGUCGACAAGCGAAUCGCAGGGCAAGAACGAGUCGUCGGUCAAGCUCGACUUUGGCCUUAGUGCGGCUACCAUUGACGACGAGACUAAAAAGCUCUGGCCGUACAACUUCUCCCUCAUCUACAGCGUCUCCCUCACCCCGACAACCUUGUCACCAGCGUCACGAUCUCCAACGAUGGACAUCGCCCAAGUCAGCGUCACCGGCCUCGACGAAGCAGAGUAUAUCGACAAAGUCGACGGCGCAAAAGCCAAGAAGCAAUCCGGCACCGUCUCCAUCACAGGCGAGACAGACCGCGUCUACACGCCCGCCAAGGGCCCCUCCGAGCCCGUCGUGGUGUCAGAGGGCGGACGUACAGUGUACAGCGUCGUGCGAGACAAUCUUGAGGACGUGGUGGUCUGGAACCCGUGGACGGACAAGGCCCAGGGCAUGGCCGACUUCGAGCCCAAGGACGGGUACAAGAACAUGAUAUGCAUCGAGGCUGGGGCCGUCAAGGGCUGGCAGAAGCUGGAAAAAGGCGAUACGUUUGAGGGCGCGCAGACCAUUUCGGUUUGA